AUGUCGGCUGUCGAAAGAAAUUCGGUAUUUAUCUUGGUUGAGGGUGGAUGUGUUGCAAACGAUUACAACGUUGAACGUUCCGACAGUUCAAACUGUGUUGUGUUUCCUAGUGCUACAAACGUGUAUUGUUGUGAUUACUUUAAUUGCCUUCGAUAUUUAUCAAAAAUGAUGCUAAUGAAUGACACCACGUCAACCGACGAUAUUAAUUGCUCUACUACUAUACAACUAAUGCAGUUAUUUGACCUCAGCCAACCCAAAGAUAUAGUGACCUUCAUCGAAGUAGAACCAGAUAAUAUUAAUGAUACAAACACCACAAUAAAAGAAUCUGUUGAUAAGGCUAAAACAGCCUUAAACAAUAAAAGAAAAUCAGUAAUUAAAAAAAAAACAAAAGCAAUGAAGAAGUCCCAUGUAUCAAUAGACAAAGGAGAAGAGUCCUCACAAAUUUCUAACGAAUAUAACAAAGUAACUCAUCAAGACUUAAGAAGUGAGAAUGCAAUAAACAUCCAAAGAUUGCCAUAUACCCACCAUUUUCCAGUUUCAAAUUGUACCCUAAACAAUUGCCCACUAACAAAUAGAUUUGAAGAUUAUAGUCCAGAUCAAAGAGUGCAAGCCGCCAAUCAUAACUUUCACCAACCUCAAAUGCAUAGCGAAAGAACUAACCGGUUACAAAUAACAAACCAAUCCAGUAGUACAUUCCCGCCUAGGGAAACCCCAGUUAGGUCAAAUAAUGUGCAAAAUUUAAAUCAGAUCAGUCACGAAACAAAUUAUGGCCUGAAUGUUAUCAUUGAGCAUGUCUUUAAUUUUUUAAUACAUGAGUCUCAAUAUAACUUUGGAUUAAGUCAAAGAAAACUAAAAUUGUUCCAACGCUGUUAUGCCUAUGUAGUUCGUUAUUGCCUUGAUCGUGAUCUGUAUAACGAUUACAAAGUUUUUGAUCACAUAGUUCUAGUUGUUGAUUCUAUAGCUCGGAAUAGAUCACAGUAUAUUAAUGAUAACAUAACGCGCCCGUUACUAAGUGAAAUGUUCGAAUGGUGUCGAUACAAAACCCUGAACAGAAGUUGGCCACCUGCGUAUAAUCCGCCAGCGUAUGAUAAGAGCCAAAUUAAUACAACAUCUAAUGAUCCAAAAAUUUCUACGCUGCCACCGUAUACACCUACUCGUACAAGCGUGUUACAAAAGAAUUCAAAUAAAAGUUCACAGAUACAUAAUGAAACAGCUCCUGCAGUAAAUAAAGAUCAAACCUGUUUAUUUACGUCAGGUAAACUUGGCAAAGAAAUAAGUAUAAACAUAGACACCUGUCUUUUGCAUACAUUGCAAUCUAAACCAGAAACUACACUUGCAAAAUCACACAGCACAUAUAUUCAGGAGGACAAAACGUCGAAAUUAAUUCAGCCCCCCAUAAAACCUAGUACUGGAAUGACCAUCCCUUUCGAGAUAGUUGCAGGACUAAAUAAGAAUGAGGUACAAAAUCAAGCUGAAAUAGUUAGAUCUUCUGUAUCGAGAGACAGUGGAUUCAUAAGUCCCCCAAAUGUCAACAACCUGGAAGUUAGACUUGUCAGCCCCGUCCAACAAACUUCUUCAAAUGAAGAUGUUACGCCGAUGAUUACGCAUGUAACGUCCCUAAACAGUAAUGCAUCAUACAUACGUCAAGGUUUAUGUAGUGUUUGUAAAAAUGAAACAAACACGCGUUGUACUGGAUGCUACAAAGCUUACUAUUGCAGCCGAGAAUGUCAGCUAUCGGAAUGGUACGUUCAUAAGAUAUUAUGUAGUAGCCAUCAUUGA